UUGCUUAGUUUAGAAGUGCUUAGAGGUGCCGUCUACUACGUAAAAACAUGGAAAAAGAAGUAAUAAAAGAAAUAAGUGGUCGUAGCACAAAUAAUAAGUAUUCCGUAAAGAAGAAGCCAUUGCCAAAAGUUAAACAGAGAAAAAACGACGUGUAUGUGACAAAUAAAACAAGUUUUAAAGCUCAGCAAAAGCGUUGUGAAGACCUAAUCAAUUCGGGAAUAAACGAAAUUUAUCUGCAUUGUGUUGGAAAUGCCAUCAAGCAAGGGCUAAACUUGGCCUUAACUUUGAUUAACAAUUCUAAUGGAAGUUUAUCGUAUGUGGUAUAUACAUCUACAAUUCGUUAUAUUGACGAAUUGCAUCCAUUGUAUGACGACGAAGAUAUAACGAUUCAAAAACGAAAUAACUCUGCCAUUCAUAUAAAAAUUUUCAGAAAUGCAAUCAUCCCACAAAAUUUGAAGGUUUCCUCCCCAUAGCUAAUUAAGAAACUUGAUAUAUUUUUAAAAAUGUCUUUACUGCUACUCACGCAGUUUAUCAUGAUCAGGGCUGGAAAUUAGUUAAGAUGAUGUUUGAUGACAUUAAGAAAAACGCAUAUCUAUAAAAAUAAAUGGCUCCUUGUCGAAUUGUGUUAAACUGAA